UAUGCAAUAAUCACCCCUCAAAAGAAAAAAAAACUGCUUCUUAAUUUAUAAUGCUUAGAUAUGCAUUAAUUACUUAUUUUUCUGUAUGCAAUUUUUUUAGAGGAGACUCACACCAACUUAAUCAGCUAGAAAGAAGGAUGACUAUCAGAAUCUAAAGAGAUAAUUGAGUAAAACCCCACCAGAAGGAGUUUGCAACGGCUGCUACACAAACAGCUAAUUAUCAAGUCUUAGCAAGCGGCUCAAUUUCAGGAAUUCCGAAACAAAUUCUUUGGAUAAACACCAAAUUUUGUGGUGAAACUGAUUCUGAAGAUAGGAUUGAAAGGUAAAACAAAUUUGUUGAAAUGUUUGGGGAAAGUAAAUCCCGUUCUUCCUGCACUGAAAUUUCAAUUUGGAUAACAACCAAAUUUUGUGGUUUGGGUGUUAUGCUCCAUUUCCCAGCCCAACCCAUAUAAAAACCUAAUUAUUUCUCUCUAUUUUGAUUACACAACCAGUUUGGUAUAACUUACUGAAAAGAACUGGCUUUCGAGAAAGAAGCUUAUCUCAACAAUUUACAAUUUCCUUCUCCUUCACAUGAAGGUUGACAUGAAUCCCUAAAAAAUCCAGAAGUAUGAAAUGGGAUCAGCUUCAAAGAUUGCUAAGCAUGAAUUCAUUCAACCUGGUGCCUUAGCAGCAAAGGGACAGGGAGGGAAAAGCUUAAGAGUAAUGGGCUCUUUAAGAGUUAAUGCCGAACAGAGGACUCUAAUUGCCAAAAAUAAGAGUUGUAAUACAGCAACCUCUAAGUUGAAUAUGCUAGCUGAGAAAAAUUUCAAUGUGCACCCUUAUUUUGAAGCAAUGGAAGACAAUUUCCUCCUCUAUCAAGAAGCUGAAAUGACUCAAGAUGCUCAGAGAAGUGACAGAAGCGGUCGAGGACAAAGCAUAAGAGUUAUUGCUGAAAAGAGGACUCCGAUUGGAAAAAAUAGAAGUUGUACUCCAGCAACUUCUAAUCUAAAUAAGCCAACAAAGAGAAGUAUCCUUGUGCCUCCUGAUUUUGAUCCAAUGGAAGACUUCCUUUAUCAAGAUGCUGAAGUGACUCUAGCUGUUCAGAGAAGUGAUACUAGUCCAUUUGAAUCUCAUAAGGCAAAAAAAGUGGCUGCAGUGACUCGAGAUGUUCAGAGAAGUCUAUUUGAAUCUCAAAAGGCAAAAAAAGUGGCUGAAGUGACUCGAGAUGUUCAGAGAAGUGAAACUGGUCCAUUUGAAUCUCAAAAGGCAAAAAAGAUGGCUGAAGUUACUCAAGAUGGUCCAUUUGAAUCUCAAAAGGCAAAAAAAGUUGCUGAAGUGACUCAAGAUGCUCAGACUAGUGAAACUAGUCCAUGUGAAUCUGAAAAGACAAAUAAAGUGAGAGGAAUGAACAUUUGUAAGAAAGCUUUGCGACUGAAACCUGGAGAAAAGUUAAGAGUCACUUUCUACCAAAAUCGAGUUGUUGGGCCGAAUCACGCCUCAUUUUCUAGACACUUGGGUUUGCUCGUUCGUGAUCGUAAUAUGUGCCCGUUGCGAGUACAAUCAUGGUUGGACAUCGAAGAACAUAAGCUUGAGCACAUGUGGAAAGCUGUUACUGAAAAAUUUGACAGUGACGACAUGAUUGAUCAUAGAGGUCAUGUUCUGCAACAUAUGAGAAAACAUUGGAAUAAUUGGAGAGGAUCAUUGCACAAGAAAAUGAAAUCGAAGUCAUUGCAUGAGGUUCUAAAAGAUGUGCCGGCAGGAGUAGAAAACAGUGAUUGGCAAUGGUUGGUUAAGGAGCAUUUCUUAUCUGAUAAAUUUAAGGAAUCAAGUACAAGAAACUCAGUCAAUAGGUCUAAGGUAGUUAUGCCUCAUCGUACGGGUAGCAAACCUUAUAGAGAGAUUAAUUACGAAAUGGCUGAAAUCCAAGAGCUGGUACAAUCUGAACCGUCUCUUACUAAUAUUGAGGUAGUGGAAAGGUGCUUUGGACCUCAAUGCAAAAGUCAUGCAGUUCGAUUUGGGGGUGGGAUAACCGCUAAGGAGUUGAAAGGUGGUACCACCUCAAAGGCUGCAUUGUUGGAAGAGCAUAAAACAACUAAAAAAGAAAAGGAAUCACUACAAAACCGCAUGGAUAUUCUGGAGAGUAAAUAUGAAUGACUUGAACGUAUAUUGGUUCAUCAGCCUUCAUCACCUCCACUAGAUCAAGAACUUGAAGAUUGAAGAAAUGUGCUCGAACAAAGUGCAGAGCAAGUUGAAGCGCAUUAUGUUUAUUGUUUUAUUAGUAUUGGUGCAGAGACGUCAUUUGUACAUAUGCUACAAUUUCCUUUUCUCAAUUUUUAGGAUUUGAUGGAUUUAUUUUGUUGGACAUAUAUAUGUUUUUCGGUAAUUAAUGUGAUGUUUAGG